UAUUAGUUAAUCGUAUAUAUGUAAGUAAUAAAAACAAAUCCUUAAAACCAACAUAAAGCAUAAACCUUGUUCUCAAGUCAAAACCUUCGGAGUCUUAAACCCUAAUUGACACGAAAAUGGAGGUGGAAGCGCCAGGACAGGGAGAGAUGGAGAUUGUGAACAACGUGAUGUGCCUACUGACUGACCCAGAGGGGAUUCCCUUGGGACCAGCCAUGUACCUUCCUCAAAACUCUGGUCCUCAGCAGCUUCAACAGAUCGUGAAUCAGCUUCUUAAUAAUUUGUGUUUUUUCCAGGAGGAGAAGUUACCAUAUGCAUUUUAUAUAUCUGAUCAAGAGCUUCUUGUGCCGCUUGGAACGUAUUUGGAGAAGCACAAAGUUUCCGUGGAGAAGGUACUCUCAAUAGUCUAUCAACCUCAAGCUAUUUUUCGGAUCCGCCCAGUUAAUCGUUGCUCAGCAACAAUUGCUGGUCAUACAGAACCUGUACUUUCAGUCGCAUUUAGUCCUGAUGGUCUACACUUGGCAAGCGGUUCAGGUGAUACUACUGUUCGCUUGUGGGAUUUGAAUACCCAGACUCCAUUGCAUACAUGUACAGGACAUCGGAACUGGGUUCUCUGCAUUGCCUGGUCACCUGAUGGUAAGUAUCUAGUUAGUGGGAGCAAGGCUGGAGAACUUCAAUGUUGGGAUCCACAAACAGGAAAGCCAAAUGGCUACCCGUUAAAUGGACACAAAAAAUGGAUUACUGGUAUCUCUUGGGAACCAGUUCACCUGAGUGCUCCAUGUCGGCGAUUUGUAAGUGCUAGCAAAGAUGGUGAUGCACGUAUAUGGGACGUUGCUUUAAAGAAAUGUGUCAUGUGUCUAAGUGGUCACACUCUAGCAGUGACUUGUGUCAAAUGGGGUGGAGAUGGGAUGAUUUAUACAGGCUCGCAAGAUUGCACUAUCAAGGUCUGGGAAACAUCACAAGGAAAGCUAAUACGUGAAUUGAAGGGCCAUGGACACUGGGUUAACUCUCUUGCCUUAAGUACUGAAUAUGUUCUACGAACUGGAGCUUUUGAUCACACUAGUAAAAGAUAUUCAUCUCCAGAAGAAAUGAAGAAGGUUGCUUUGGAAAGGUACAACAAAAUGAAAGGCAAUGCUCCUGAAAGGUUGGUUUCUGGUUCUGAUGAUUUUACUAUGUUUUUAUGGGAACCUUUUGUCAGCAAGCACCCAAAAACUCGCAUGACAGGCCAUCAACAGCUUGUAAACCACGUUUGUUUUUCCCCUGAUGGGCAAUGGCUGGCAAGUGCAUCAUUUGAUAAAUCUGUCAAAUUAUGGAAUGGCAUUACUGGAACAUUUGUGGCUGCUUUUAGGGGACAUGUUGGCCCUGUUUACCAGAUCAGCUGGUCAGCUGAUAGUAGGCUUAUUCUAAGUGGCAGCAAAGACUCUACACUUAAGAUAUGGGAUAUCAGGACAAAGAAAUUGAAACAAGACCUUCCAGGCCAUGCAGAUGAGGUUUUUGCUGUUGAUUGGAGUCCGGAUGGUGAGAAAGUAGCUUCUGGUGGCAAGGAUAGAAUGCUGAAGUUAUGGAUGGGAUAAGACAAAAUUGGAUACCAUUGUUCAAAUAUCCGAUGAUUUGCUAAGAACUUAAUUUGUUCUUCCAUUUCCAAGUGUUAUUCUAACUAUUUUGGCGAUCGAGGCUUCAAGGAUUACACUAUGCAGAAAGAAGUAUAUCAGAGUUGGCUAAGACUUCAUUCUCGGAUGGAAAACAAGUUCUUCGAAGAAAAAGAAUGGGAUUUUUUUUUUCGUUUCUUAUGUUCUCUUAUUCAUUAUGGUUCAUAGUUGAUAAUAGGCACCUUGAGAGAUUUCACUCAGUUUUGUUGAAAAUAAUUCUAGCCCCAGUAUAGUUGAACAAACCAAAUGCUUUUCCAGAAAUAAGUUUCUUAUUUUUGUUUAGGAAAUUUUACUCAGUUUUGGUAAAUAUUAUAUUUUGAAUGUUUGGUUCAGAUUUAUAUACCUCUUGGCACUCAUAUAUAUUAAUUGGUUGAAACGACAAAAAAUAGAUGAAUUUAUUCUGUUA